AUGCCGUCGGCGUCGGGGACUAGUGUGGAUGAGCGCCACGAAAAUUCGAUCAAGUUCGCCGUGCUGCAACCAUCGUCCGUCUUCGCCAGCACGCCAGAUCACGCGCGCACUUUUACCGUGUUUAUCCGGGUUAUCGGCGUCAUCUCGUUUGGGAUGCUGGACUUGACGAGGACGCUCGGAGAGAGUGUUGUGUCCAGAACCAUGGCGUUCGAAGGCUUUGACCAAAUGCUCUCCUAUCGCUUCUCCGCGCCGCGUGUCCAGCCUGGUGUCACGGAGAGAAGAAAUCUCCAUGUGGAGUUCAAGUUGACCUGGGCAAGCCGGCUCAUCGCCACCUUCUGCGGACCGUUGUUUCAUGCGACCCUCUCCAGAACCUACAGGGCACUGACCAACGGCGGUUUGGUCAUCCUCGAGAGCGAGAACAAACUCUACCUGAGGCUUCGAGCAGGCAGAUUUAGACUGAGCCAUGUCGCUGUUGCCACGAAGCGCUACCGGCCCUUCAGUCUCUACGAGCACACGCGGAUGAACAUCCUGGACAAUGUGGGCAGUACUUUGACGCCAGAAGAGGAAGUCAAACGCGGAUCCGACAAGCUGCUCGCGGGACAAUUCGACGCAAGCUUCAUGACCUUCCGCCCCACAGCUGUACAAAAGGGCAGCUAUAAAUGCUGGUUUGCCAACCUCCUUCCGUCCACGACGAUCUGCCCACCCACCAUCCGUUCAAUCGACGGCAGACGCUUAGAAGUCUUCACGACAUCGCCAACAGCCAUUGUUUCUGUCGGCCGAAAAACAAUGUCACAAGUUUAUACGGUCCGUGGAACCCCGAAUCGUCACGUCUACAACAUGGGCUUCCAGUACAACGGCAACCCCAUCGAGCUCAAGGUGACACUGGACCACAGCGAAUGGAAUAUUACACUGCGCAAU